AUAGGAUGUGGAGAAAGACUAGGCAACCAAAUGGUUUGUGUUAUGGUAUGUAUUAUCCACGCCCGCGAGUGGAUAUCUUCCGCAACCAAUCAGUUCUUUGCACAAGAGUUGGUUCAGAGAUCUGAAUCCGAUGCCGAUGUCAAAGAUCUAUUAAAUACAUUUGAUUUUUACAUUCUUCCAGUUCUUAACGCUGACGGCUAUGAAUACACGCACACAGAUAAUAGGAUGUGGAGAAAGACUAGGCAACCAAAUGGUACUGAUCCUAACAGAAACUUUGCGUACCAAUGGGGAGGACAGGGAGCCUCCACUAAUGCAUGCGCCGACACAUACAGAGGAACCAAAGCUUUCUCUGAACCCGAAACUAAAGCCGUUUCUGAUUUUGUGUUGAGUAAGGGUACGAAAGUUAAGGCAUAUCUGGCAGUCCAUUCCUACGGACAGUACUGGUUGUAUCCCUGGCUCUUUCUUGACUUCUUUGGCGAAUGCAAUGAAAGCAGCCGUUGUUUCUUCACCGGUGGGUCUGAUUUGUGCCUUUGGCAGAGAGAAUCCAUAGGAACCGGUGUCUCUCAACUCUAA